CGUAUUUAAUACAUCGUACUAUGGUCUGUUUGAUGUUUCAAAAUGGCUUCUACACAUGUUUGUUCAAUCUUUACCCUCGUUGUGUUCUGUUUGUCCCUGUUGCACCAGUGAGCCUCCCAUAAUGAGUUGUGCAUAAUCAUCAAAGCUACACCAAUUGAAAAGCUCUGGGAAACUCUGAUAAUGUUAUAAGGAUGUUAAAAAUAAUGUACUGAAUUUAAUGCAAUCAAUCAUAAAGUUUAUAUUAUAAUGAAUAAUCAGUAUAUAUUGUCCUUACAAUACCAAUAAUAACUUACAAUUUUAAUUAAAUGCAGUGUACCUCAGUUAUGAGUAUCAUAUUAUUUAAUAUUUAGAAAUACCUUUUCAAUGUGGACUUCACUAUGCAAAAUUCUGAAAAAGCAGGUCAACAGAUUGACAGAUUAUGUUAUUCUUCAUUUUAUACACCUCAUAGAGGUCGUCUAUUGAAGCGGUUUCCUGUUCAGGAUGUUAACAGUUGAUAGAUAUGGAUCAUUACUUGUCAAUUCUGUGUGUGUGUGUGUGUGUGUGUGUGUGUGUGUGUGUGUGUGUGUGUGUGUGUGUGUGUGUGUGUGUGUGUGUGUGUGUGUGUGUGUGUGUGGUCCAGGGAUGUGGGUCACAGAUCUGAAUAUGCAACCCCGUCUUACAGAAAUACAUGACAUUGUCACGUCAUUUAAUUUAUCUAUUCAUUCGUGAUCUGGGACACGUCAUUUCAAAAUGUUCUUGCCAAAAAGAACAAAUUUCAAACUCAUGUACCUAAUGUCCCUAUGCCAACAGAUAAUUUUCUGUUUAUUUUUCUCAUUUGUUUCAAGAUUUUUCAACACAAACACAGAAAAAAUGUCUGUGAUAACUAACAAUAUGGGUGGCCAAUAUGUUUUGGCCACCCGUUUCUAUUUUCACCUUUGAUUCUGAGAAUUUGUGACAAUUCACGGAUAUAUUUAACUGCAGGUGCGCUGCUCUGUAGGCAACUGCGACGGAAAAAAGGUAGCUGCUUCAUCUCUUCUUUUUGAAAUCGUAGGCCUAUGUCUUAAAGUUUAUUUUAUCUAGCCAUCUAUUGUCCUGAUUAUUUGUAGGCUAUGUGGAUGAAAGUCUGCGUCGAUGCCUCAGUGUCGCGAGCGGACGUUGCCAUGAAAUUUGUGCUUUUUUGGCACAAAAAAAUUGAAAUGAUGGUUCCCAGAUGACGAAUUAAUCGAUGAAAUGACGUGACAGUGUCGCGUAUUUCCAUGAGACUGGGUUGGAAUUUGUAUACCAUCACUUAAAAACGUGUAUAUUUUAAAUACUUUCUCGUUAAGUUAUUCUAACUUCAGGCCUACUCCCCCAUCACAACUAUUCCUGAUGUUUUGAAUCCAGCCCCUUAGAAGUGUCCAUCUCCUGCCCUCCAUUGGUUUUAUGUACUCCCAGAGCAUCUGUGUAUGUUGCUCCCAGCGCCGCAGUACGCUCUGCUGCACUAUGUGGAGGGGUUACUUGAAGAUGUGGUUGUACAUUCUGCACACACCUGUGGUUAUGGUCCUGCUUCUACUGCCUUAUUCCUUGCUGUGUCUCUGACCAUGGUGCUGGAAGGUUUAGAUAGAGUUGUACAUGUCUUAACUAUUUCAUUAGGAAAGCACAGUUCAAUUAUUUUUUUUUAAAAUGGGUUGAUUAGGGUUCAUUUGAAUGAGUACACAUUUUCACUACAUAUGGUGUGCAUAUGGGGUGAUGUCAUGUUGUCAUAAUACAAAGUCCUUUAAAGAAAAAAGUAGACUGCACAACUGAACUGAACAAUGGAUUAUUUGGUGUUCCAAGAGUUGUGAGUUAUAGCCCCUCUCAAUGUGCUUUACACCCUGAUGCCUCAAGAGGCCGCUAUGCACCUGCAAUAAAGCAGUCCGGCAAGAUAAUAUAAGAGUUAGCCGUUCCUCCCACGACCUCGUGACGAGAGCAUGCAGGACAAAGCAGAUUUUCGUUUGAAAAGCGGUAGGAUAUCAAAGGCCGAUGGUCUUUCUUUAUAUUUUAUCAAUUCAAUUACCUUAGGGCUUUGUUAGAAAACCGGAACCUAUCGACUAUAUUGUCUAUUACUCGAAUAAAGAGGAUGGAACAUUGCGGGAUGGGUCUUCGUUUAUUUUUAUUUUCCUUAUUUGUGCUGCAUUACGUUCAUGGCGACCUGAGCUAUUCGGUUCAAGAGGAGAUGAAACGCGGAUCUGUUAUCGGGAAUAUCGCCAAGGACCUCGGACUUACAUUGGACAUAUUAUCUACUAGGAAGGCCCGUAUUGAAACAGAGGAAAACGAACUGAGGUAUUGUGAUGUCAAUCUACGAAGCGGAGAGCUCAUUGUUUCAGAGAGAAUUGACAGAGAGGAACAAUGCGGAGAAAAGCCGUCGUGUGUUCUUAAAUUCGAGCUGCUUUUGGAAUCUCCAUUAGAAUUACACCGUGUAUCACUACAGAUACAAGACAUAAACGACAAUACGCCAACUUUCCCUACGGAUAUUAUCAAGCUGGAAAUCAGUGAAUCUGCAGACAAAGGUGCUCGAUAUAGAGUGGAUGCUGCUCAUGAUGAAGAUAUCGGCCAAAACGGUGUUCAGAGUUACACUCUGCAAAGGAAUGACAAUUUUGUUUUAAAUUUACAAACUACUAGUGCUGGCAGUAAAUAUGGAGAAUUGAUUCUCGAUAAAGAAUUAGACAGAGAGGAGCAGCAAGAUAUUAAAUUAUUCCUCACGGCUCUGGAUGGAGGUUCUCCUCAGAGAUCAGGUACAGUGGUCAUACACGUCACUGUGUUGGACGCUAAUGAUAACGCCCCAGUGUUUAGUCAGGCCGUGUAUGAAGCCAGUCUGCCUGAAAACGCUGCGUUAAAAACCCUUGUGGUGGCCGUAAGCGCAACAGACGCGGACGAGGGCGUUAAUGGUGACGUCACAUACGGACUGAGCCGGGUAUCUGAUAAAACACGUAAAUUGUUUACACUUGAUCGACUGACUGGGGAGAUAUUUGUCGCCGGUGACAUAGAUUUUGAGGAGGGAUCAAAAUAUGAAAUAUUUGUGCAGGCAAAAGAUGGAUAUGGUCUUUCUUCUGAUACUAAAGUGAUAAUAAGUAUAACUGAUGUUAAUGACAAUACCCCAGUUAUAUCGCUGAAGUCAUCGACCAAUCCCGUACCUGAGAACGUGUCACCUGGUACGGAGGUGGGCCUUAUUAACGUGCUGGAUAGAGAUUCUGAGAAAAACCGAAAGGUUAGGUGUUCUCUUCAGCAACAUGUUCCUUUUAAACUUAUUCCUUCAAUUAAAAACUAUUAUUCUUUGGUAACAACAGAGAAACUAGACAGAGAACUAGUGUCUGAAUACAACAUUACAAUAUCCGCCACCGAUGAGGGCUCUCCUCCUCUGACGUCAGUCAAGGUUGUUCACAUCUCAAUAGCUGACGUCAACGACAACCCACCUGUGUUUGAGGAACAGUCGUAUAGCAGCUAUGUCCCUGAGAACAACAAACCGGGCCACAGCCUGUGUUCUGUUAAGGCCCAUGACCCAGACUGGAGACAAAACGGUACAGUGAUCUAUUCUCUUUUACCUGGUGAAGUCAACGGUGCUCCAGUCUCCUCUUAUCUAUCUGUUAACGGGGAUACCGGAGUUAUCCAAAGUGUCAGGUCAUUUGAUUAUGAACAGUUUAGGAGCUUUAAAGUCUACGUAAUGGCACGAGACAACGGUUCUCCUCCACUCAGCAGCAACGUGACUGUGAGUGUCUUCAUAAUGGAUGUAAAUGACAACACUCCUCAGAUACUUUACCCCGCCCCAGAGGGAAACUCCCUCAUGACUGAACUGGUACCCAAAGCUGCACAAGGAGGUUCUCUGGUUUCUAAGGUGAUAGCAGUUGAUGGGGACUCUGGACAGAAUGCCUGGCUGUCCUAUCAGAUCAUUAAGUCCACUGAUCCGGGACUCUUCAAAAUCGAUCUUCACAGUGGGGAGAUCAGGACCCAGCGAGACAUUUCUGAUUCUGACAACAUGAAACAGAACAUUGUUGUCGCUGUAAAGGAUAAUGGACAGCCCUCCCUCUCUGCUACAUGUUCCAUGUUUUUACUGAUUUCUGAUAACUUGGCUGAAGUACCCGAACUGAAGGACAUGGCUUAUGAAGAUAGCAGUUCUAAAUUAACAUCUUAUUUGAUCAUCGCGCUGGUAUCCGUCUCCACCUUUUUCCUGACUUUCAUUAUUAUCAUUCUGGGAUUGAGGUUUUGUCGGAGGAGGAAGCCCAGACUGUUAUUUGAUGGAGCGGUUGCUAUUCCCAGCUCUUAUCUCCCUCCAAACUACGCAGAUGUGGACGGCACUGGAACUUUACGCAGCGCAUAUAAUUAUGAUGCCUAUUUAACCACUGGAUCGAGAACAAGUGACUUUAAAUUUGUCACAUCUUACAAUGACAACACACUGCCUGCAGACCAGACCCUGAGAAAAAAUGCAACAGACUUUGAAGAAGUGUUUGGAGACCUGGAUGUUUCCCCUGAGGUAAAGAAAUAACGUGUGUUUCAACUC